AGUUAUAGAACUAACAUAGACUUCAGCAUUAUAUGAUGCCUUCAAACAAUGAUAAAAUUCCGAUAGAAUUGGCCAUCCGAGUCAUCGGAAAGUGGAAAGAGACAUAUUCAUGGAUACCAAUAUUCGGAGCGUUUGCUGCAGUUGCUGUGGCAUUUUCGACUGGUGCCAACAAUCUGCCUGCGCCGUUCUCGACACCGAUAGGAUCAGGAGCACUGAGCCUUUUCAAGGCCUUAAUUAUGGCUUGUCUAAUUUAUGCCCCUGCGGCAGCAUUUGCAGGCAACCACAUUGUUAAUGCCUUAAUCUCUGAUUUUGUUAAAGAAAAUCAACCAAAUGAAGGUUUUCUUAUGUGGAGUAUGGUAGUUGUUCUUGCCACUACAGCAAUCUGGCUUGCACUAUCAACAUAUUUGGAGCUGCCAGUCUCAUCUCUGCAGUCGAUACAUGGUGCUCUGUUAGGUAUCCUUCUAGUUAACGAAGGAUUUAGCUACGUUCCAAUGUGGAAUAAGGCAUUUCUGCUUCGUCAGGAAAAUGCAGAGAAAAGGAUUUUCAUUUUCCUUCUUAUUGACUAUGGAAUAUCAGCAGGACUCCUUUGCCUUUUUGUAAUGUUUCAGAUCAUAGGAAAGAUUGUAUCUGUCAAUAGAUGGGUUGCGAUAAUUUCUGUUUCAGUGGCCGUAUGCAUUGGAGUGGUCUUGUCUUCGGUUCUGAUGGUUCCUCUAGCAAUGAAAAAGCUCAAUACCGUCCCAAAUUACAAGUCCGAAAAACAAAAUGGAUCCAUGGAUCAACAGUACAAAGAAAAUCAGGACCAAAGAAACGUCGGAAAAGAAGAAGAAAAGACAGAAGAAGAUCCUGAAGAUGUAUUGAAAGAGUUUAUGCAGAUGAGAAUUCUUGAGACAGUCUAUGAAGAGGAAGAGAGAAGCUGGGCCUCGCCGGAUAUAGCCCAAAACUCUGAGCAGACACAAUCACUUUCUGAAUUUACCACCGCAACUACAAGUCAAUCAGCACCAUUCAAGCAGCUGCUUGAGUCUACACCAAAUAGAUUGGUUCAGACAAGAAACUUUCAAAGAAUUGAAAAACCAUCUUUAGUUGCAAAUGCCUCUAGGUGCAUCAGAGAACUGGCAAAAUCCAUUGUAUGGCCAGACUUGGAGUAUGACAGACUAACUCUAAUUCGACACGCUUUAGCUGAAAAAUAUGAUGAGAUAGAAGACUACUUCAGUUUUCCACAUCUUCUUGCUUCGUGUCUAUUCGUGUUCAUCCAAUCUGUUACUGAGGUUUCAGCUGUGGUGAGUCCAUACGGAGCCAUUCUUGAUGUGUUUGAGCAUAGAGCUAAAUAUUCCGGAAAUGGACAAAAUGUGGAUAAUGUACAUGUGAAAUGGUGGUUCAGGGCAAUUGGUGGAUUUGUUACUGCAAUGGGAUUUUUUCUAUGCGGGUGGCGACUGACUAAUUGCCUAGGUGGGAAGUUCACCUACAUAAGUAACUCAAGAGGUUUGGUGUCACAGCUUUCCUCAGUGGCGGCAAUCAUCAUAGUCACUAAAUUGAAUCUUCCUGUUUCAAGUGUCCAUGCUUUUAUUGGGUCUUUAUUAGGAGUUGGAAUGGCUGAUGACCUUCGGGUAAGAUAUUCUUACAAAUUUAUGUACCAUAGGACGCUAAAUGUCCUAACGUGA